CGAGGAUCAGCCCAGUCACGAGAUUCUGGUCUCUCUUGAUUUUCUCCUUUUUUUUCGCCUCCUUCUCUCGCCUCUACUUCUCCCGAAUCCCAUCGAAAUCCACACAAAUUUUUUUUUUUUACUUCCCUCGUCCUCCACCGGCUUCUCUCCAAAAAACCCAAUUUUCCGGCGCCGUCUGCUGCAUCCUCCGGAGGCGGGAUUUUCCCGGUUUACGACUUUACUUCAUAGCUGUUGUGUCUCACCUUCUUGAGCGCGAUUGUAUGGAAUCACUGGACCUCGCUGCUUCCCGCUGAUUCUCGACGAGUUCAGCUGAGUUGACUUUUUUCGUGCGAGUCCGAUGGAUUGGAGCCGCUGGGUCGUCGUCUUCGUUGCGUUCUUCUGCUUGGUUCGUGGACUUGGCGCCAGCGAUGGCGAUGCCGAUCCGAUUUACAAGAGCUGCGUGGAGGAGUGCCAGACAACGGGAUGCGUGGGCAAGAAAUGCUUCCAGCACUGCAAAUUAUCGUCUGAUGGGAAACCGAUUGACGGGCCUUGGUAUCAUCAGGAGCCGCUUUAUCAGCGGUGGAAACAAUGGGACUGUCAAAGCGACUGUCAAUACCAUUGCAUGAUUUCCAGGGAGGAUGAAAGGUCGGAACUUGGUCUUAAACCUGUCAAGUACCAUGGGAGAUGGCCCUUUCAUCGUGUUUAUGGCAUCCAGGAACCAGUUUCUGUUGCUCUCACUGCAGUCAUUCUUGCUCUUCAGUUUCAUGGGUGGAUAUCCUUUUUCAUCCUUGUAUACUACAAGCUGCCACUGAGGCCGGAUAAGAAGACUUACUAUGAGUACACUGGCUUGUGGCACAUCUAUGCUUUCUUGUACAUGAAUGCCUGGCUCUGGUGUGCUGUUUAUCACACUCGGGAUGUGGAGUUGACAGAGAAACUGUAUUUUUCCUCUACCGUGGCUUGGGUUGGCUUCUCUCUUAUUUUGGCAACAUUCCGAGCUUUCAAUAUAAGAGAUGAAGCCGCCAGAGUUAUGAUUGCUGCCCCAGUGAUUGCUUUUGUCACCACACAUAUCCUGUAUUUGAACUUCUAUAACUUUGACAAAGGUCUGAAUGCCAAAGUAAGCGGGGCAAUGACCCUAGUUCAGGUUCUGAUAUGGCUCGUCUGGGCUACAAGCUGGCGCCAUCCAUCGAGGUGGAAGCUGUGGCUGGUAGUUCUAGUGGGGGGAAGUCUGUCCACGCUCGUCGAAGUAUACGACUUCCCACCACUUGGGAGGUACGUGGAUGCUCGAGCCAUCUGGCACGUGGCAGCCAUUCCCCUCGGGUACAUCUGGUGGAGCUUUGUGAGAGAUGAUGCUGAGUUUAGGACAUCAAGCCUGCUGAAGAAGACCAAGUAAAUGUUUCUCUACCCCAAAAGCUUUGCUUGCUGCAAAGUGGGAAGGUGGAUUGUAUUAUUUUACCAGAACGCAUCCAUUCCAGGGAGGUGGUGGUGGUGGACUGGUGGUGGAUGAGUUGGAAAAAAAGUUUAUUCUCCUUUGUUUUUCCUUGCCAAUGCAGUUUGGUUGGUCAUUGAUCAGAAUAUGCAUUGUCAAGAUUGGUCUCCUUCUUCUUUGUUUGGUUUUGGAAAUUCCUUUCUUUCGUUGUUUUGGUGAUGAUUAGUUUAUUUACCAACUGCAAAUAUGUUGGUUCUUACGGUUUCUGUACGUAAGGCGAAGUUUCUGCUUUUGGGUUGUCUUUCUUUUUUGUAGCCUUCACUGGCUGUUGCUUCUGCUUCUUCUUCAUAGGAAGAACUUGGGGAUGAUUGAUCAAAUCUUUUAUUCUAGUGUAAAUUUGUGUUCAUUACUUUUGAUCUCCUGUCCUGUUUGAUUUGAUUGACAUCAUAAAUUGGAGC